AUGGCCCAAGAACAAUUCGCCGAGCAAUCGACAUCUGGUCGUGAGAAUGGCAACGGCCACGAGUCGAGCCCCCUACAUUCUCCGUCGCCCGCGCGUGCCCCAUCAGCCGAUCCCGAGCUACAAGGCCACGCCCGUCCCGACCACGCGCUUUCUCCGGCUACCGUAGAUCAUGGCGACGAAACAUUCAAGGUCUCGGCCGAAGCCGCCCUCAAGCUCCUUAGUGCAGGAAUCGAGGCGCUGGUCAGCAUGACGGGAGACAUCCCCCCGACACCGCCUCCCAUGAGCCCGACAAUACCACACAUGAGGGGAAUGGACGCAGAGAAGAUCAAUAUUGUACGCUCGAACUCGGAGAAGAACCUAGCCCGGCUGGCCCAACGGAGCAGCGCGGCGACCUCGCCCAUGCCGGGGCGCUCUCCCCUUCAGCACGUUCAGUCUGCCUCCGACGCGGCGGAAACACUAACCACAACUUCACAGCCGCAGGAAGUUGACGGCGUGCGCCUACGCACAACGAAUCCCGCACCAGCCGCCGCACCGGGCCACAUCACGUGUCACCUCACCACGGACGCCCCCGCCGUCCAAUCCCCCGCAAACGCAAUCCCCACAACCGCUCGUACCGUACAUUAUCUGCCACCCCCAAUCUCCGUGACCGAGUACCUAUCACGCGUGCACAACUACUGCCCCUUGUCGGCGGCCGUCUACCUCGCCACAUCGCUGUACAUCCACCGGCUGGCCGUGCUGGAGCGCGCCAUCGUCGUGACAAAACGCAACGCCCACCGGCUGGUGCUGGCCGGGCUGAGAGUAGCCAUGAAGGCGCUGGAGGAUACGUACUACUCGCACGACGUCAUUGCGCGCGUCGGGGGGAUAAGCGGGAAGGAGCUGGGGCGGCUGGAGAUCAGUUUCUGUUUCCUGACCAGCUUCGACCUGGCGGUGGACGCGUCCAUGUUGAAGCAGCACUGGGAGUUAUUGCAGAAAGGCACCGAGUGUUGGAGCGUGUUGGAGGAGGAGCUGCGGCAGCAGGACCGCGGGUUUGUGUCGUUUGUGAAGGCACCCCCGGAGGGCGGCGCGGAGGCGCAGGCGUGA